CCCGGGCGGAUAAACGUUCAGGUUGCUAUUCCGCUGGCACUUGCUGGCCAAUGAAGUGGGACAUCCAGACCCCCAGGGGUGGAAUGGAGAAGACGGGAGGAGGUGGAGGAGGAAGAGGUGGCACCAUCUGGGAGGAGACAUCAAAGGAGGGGGUCAAAUCAGGGUUCCCUAUUGACGGGCGACCCUCGGAAAGGCCGCAGGCGGCGGCUGCCUGGACUGACGAUGUGGCGAUGAAUUUGGAUAAGCCAGAAGCGGUCGGCAAGGUGCCACGAAGGAGCAGAGUGGUCAAAGAGCCAAGCCCUUUGGGGCUAACGUUGCGGAAGACGCCUUCGCUGCUAGAUUUCAUCUCGUACCGACUUCGUGGCGGGAAAAAUGGUCUUCAUGGAGGCAAAAAUGGGCUGCCUGGAGGUAGCUGUGCUGCUGCUGCUGCGGCCGCCGCCGGAGGAGAGGGUGGCGUCAGGGUGCUGGGGAGAGGCAAAUCCACGAAACAAGGUUCGGCAAGCAGUGGAGUGUCCUUGCAAACAGCAGACAAUAAGCUCAAGGCAUCCAAUUUCCCGGCUUCAAGCCUGAAGAUUGGCAAAUGGGAGCGGAUUUCGCGGUACGAAGGAGAUCUUGUGUCAAAGUGCUAUUACGCGAAGCGGAAGCUGGUUUGGGAGGUGCUAGACAAUGGGCUCAAGAGUUUGGAGGAGGAGGAGGAGGAGGAGGAGGAGGAGGAGGAGGAGAUACGAAGUCCACAUGAUCCCAUCUCCACUUGCUCGUGCGAUCCACGCCUCAAGUCCCUUGUCGAGGGGAUUGAUAUGGUGGGGCUACGGGGGGUCCGUAGUUUGCUUGGAGGGGGGGUCACAUCAGCUUAUCAGGGACAGCAUUCUGUGCACGAAUUACAGGAGCUUGAGCAUCAGCACCAGCAUCAUUCCCCACCAAAGUCGACAGAUAUACGCCACGAAGACAACAAAGGUAAGGGCUCCGAUGCGGACAUCGAUGUCCUGGUCACAUACAAUCGCACUCUCCCUGAGAAUACCGUACCGACGGUACCGCCAUCGGGAGCUCAAUCGUCCGUGGAGAAUCCCUUUGCAACCUUGCAGCCAUCGGUACUCGGGAACUAUGCUAGCUCGAAUGUGACUGUGCAGCAGCAGCAACUGCCUCCGUCAGAUGGCUGGAAGGGGGAGUUUGAGGUCAGGCAGCGGCAUCAACAACAAUCACUACCAUCAGAUUCAUGGAAAGGAGAGGUCAAGGUGCAACAGACGACGGAUGGAACGGUGGGGCAGAGGAUCACGACAACAGUGCUGGCGAAGUCGGAGGGUUGGGAUCGCCAAGAGGGAUGUGGACAACUUGACGAACCUGCUUCUGCACAGCUCGAUUUCCUUCACAUGGGGAACAACAAAGGGUGGGAGAGGGAAAGCGGUCUGAUGGAGCAGGAAAGCCCUUGUUCUACAGCUGAGAGAGAGACCGGCGGCGCCAUAUUGAUUCCCGGCGAGCAGCCAGUGUCUGCAACAUCAGGCUUUAAACAACCGAUUUCGAUGACAGGCGUGCAUCCGAUAACUUCGGCAAUUGGGGGGAGACCCAACGUCCUGCAUAACCAUGACCAUGUUUAUGGUGGUCUUGAUCAGCUCCCUGCUGCGCACUUGCAAACUCAUCACUCUCUGGAACAGGGACCCUCUAACUCAGAAGGAGAUGAGCCUCAUCAGCCCGAGGACCCUAUGUUGGAUGCUGAGGAAGUGAAGCAUCCUUUUGCGGAAGAAGGCAGUCGCAUUGCAGACACGGAGAUGCUGGAAACGCUUAUUGCACCACCGCAUAACGGCCCUCAUCAACAGUUCAAUCACUCACCUUCGCCACCACCAUCUUUGCCAGCAUGUUCAAGUGGUUCCUUCUCCAGCAAUCCUCCUCCUCUUCAUCAGCCGAUAGGAUCACAGCAACUGGUGUUGGGGGCGGAAACAACCUCAUUUCUUGCACCGCACCCCUGUGACAUGUUCGUUGCUCGACAACAUGCCAACAUGUACCCUGUGCCGUCUCCGCAGGUUUUCUGCACCCCCCUCUUCAGGGGCGGCGACGAUCGCAACUCGACACCCGUCCUUCCAGUUCAACCACAUCUUUCGCACCCACCUCACGUCGUCGCCGACAUGGAAGUUAUGGAGGGUGGUCAUCAUGACAUAACGAUGAACAGUGCCGUCGACAGCGUUAACAGCGCCGACAGCGUCGACAGCGGCAACAGCGUCAAGUGCUUUGUUAGCAAUCGGAACGUGCAGCAUUUGCAAAGGCAUGCAAGCGCACUGGAGGGUCAUGCCGGCAGCCCAACAGGGCAGAGUUUACAGAGACAUGCAAGCAUCCAGACGUUGGGUAUGUCUGGGUGCAGGAUCCUGCCAGUGACAUCAAUGUCUGGAGAAUUGGAACAGGCUAUGGAGCAUGGGCCACUGUCGGAGCAUGCACGACUCGGCGGGAUGAUGGAUAUGGCGUCUUCUCUAUGGAAAAGCGCCUUGACGGAGAGCUCAUCCGCAGCGAUGGGUUCAGUUCGUGGUUCGCUUCUGGGUCGACUUCCAGGUUCAGCUCCGGUUUCUCUUCGUAAUUCCAUUCCAGGUUCACUUCUGGUUCCGAUGCCAGGUUCGAUCUCUUGUUCGGUUCCAAGUCCCAUUCCUCCAGGGGCAGGUCUUGGCUCAGUUUGCUGUUCUGUUCCUGAUGGUUCAGUGUUGAGUCCAGCUUCGCACUCAGGUCUGCAGUCAGGUCCAGGCUCAGUUAAUGCAGCACUUUCAGCUUCGCUAUGGGAAACUCACAGUUUGCAAAGACAGGUUGCGCCCGCGAAUGACACGGCAACCCACCUGACCGAUAUCAACGACUUCAUGUUUGACUUUCUCCAUUCCAGUGAGACGAUGACGGAGUCCGCCACCAUGGAUUCGAUUCGAGAAGAGGAGGACUCGAUCGCUGCAAUCGGUGAGAUCAUCGGUGUCGACAGCGACGAUGACGAUGACGAGGACGACGAAGAGUUUGACAGCAUGAACAGGAUUCCCUCCAGCGAUGUGUUGUUGCAUAAUGUGCCCAGAGUGGCCUCCAUGCCUCAGUUCUUUAUCAGAGAUAAGGAGUCGGGUGUCCUCCGCAGCAGCCAACGGGAGACCCACGCUCUAACUGCCAGGUCUUAAUAACUGAGGUUAAGACGGUUAACUGCGGUUAAGAAUAUUAACUGAGGUUAAGAAUCUCAACUGAGGUUAAGACUGUUAACUGUGUUUAAGAGUCUUAGUCAGUCAGGUGGUUAAAAAUAUUAACCGCGUCAAGAAGUCUUAACUGAGGUUAAGAAGGUUAACUGUGGUUAAGAAGAUUAACUUAACUGAGUCAGGUUUAAAAUAGUAAUCGAGGUCAAAGAAUCUUAACCGAGGUUAAGAAUUUUAACUGAGGUUAAAAAUAUUAACGGAGGUCAAGAAUCCUAACUGAGGUUAAGAACUUCAACUGAGGUUAAGAAUCUUAACUGAGGUUAAGGCUGUUAAUGUCAUUAACAUGUUGCAGUUAUACUAAUUAGGAAAUUGUACAUUCAUGCAUGGGGGACAGCAAUCCUCCUGGCCUCUGCCCUCAUGACCUUCCUUCUCUCAGGUUGUCAGUCAGUUGGUUCAUGGAGGGGGAAAGGACAAAGUUACCCCCGCCUGAAACCGGUAUCGUCGGAAGAUCUCCGUAUGCCGCCCUGUAACCCUAAACCUAACCCUGCAAGGCAUGCUGUUGAAGGCUUUAUCCGAACUUUAACAUCAUCGUUGGGACGUAUAGCAGACGAUUUCUUUGCCAUGGAUAUUCCAUGCACGGGUAGCGUUAUCCUUUCCUUUCCCCGUUGCUCAACUAUUGGCGGCACAAUCGCAGGAAGCAUGUUUUUUCUCCAAUGCCUCUCUUCUUCCUGUUCGCAAGAGAAGUCAACACUUAUUUGACCGUCGACUGCAAGUCAGGCACAGAAUCUGACUAUGUACAGAGUAUGGUUGCAUGUUAAAGUGAAGCGCAUGUAGGUGUGCUUCCCCAGUGGGGGGGGAAGGGGGGGGGGGGGGGUCUGCCAGCAGUGCCAAGGGCUAAAUAUAGCUUUGCUGGUUUGGGAUUUAGUGUGCAUGCCAUGGACAGAUCCCUCAUCACCAGAGCCAUAGCCAUAACGAUAGCCAUAGCCGGGCUUGGUCUUUGACCGGCAUCCAUAGCCAUAGUAAUUAACACUCUGGUGACUCUGCACCAAUCUAUUGAAUAGCUGCUCAAUAGAAUCCACUGCAUCUCUUAUUAAUUCUAUAUAUUACGUAUCGUAUGAUUUCACGCCUCAUCACUGCCAUUGCCGAUUGCCAGUGUUGGUGAUGUUCUGCGGAAGUUCUGCCCACUCAGUGAGUCAGUGCACUUUUUUUGUGCAUGUCAUCCAUUGCAUCGCCGUGCUGUUCGGAGCCUGCUUCAUGGGUACUUCACGCGAAGUGUGCACGUCGUUCCUAAGCAAGGAAUCAGUCCCCUUGCGUUCCUUCGGAGGUCUGAUGAGCAAGAGACUGGGAGCAAGCGUCUACUGUCCUUACAGAUAUGAAUAAUUCGCCCAUGUGAUUUCCAGUGAGGUAUUUGGAGUGAGGCAGCAUGUUUUGCUCUGCAUGUGGCUGGUGUUAAUGCUACCGGUAGUGCAAGCAUGAGUCAAACACAGAAGUUUGGUGCAGAUAUCAGGUCCAGAUGUCAGUCCAGGUGCAGAUGUCAGUCCAGGUGCAGAUGCGCAUGUGGGUUUAGGGUACAGGUACAGGUACAGGUACAUGUGCAGGUACACAGGUUCAGGUGCAGGUUCAGGUGUGGGGAAGAGAGGUGUGAGGACAGGUGUUCGAACGGGUGUGCGCAGUUGUGGGUAUAGGUGUGGGUACAGGUGCGGGUACUUGUGUGGGGACAGGUAGGAGGGCAGGUGUGUGGACAUGUGGGCGUAGAUGUGGUGCGACGUGGAAGUGGUGUGGGUGCAAGGUAUGGGAUGCAUUCGUGCACAUGGGCAUGGCGACAAAUGAGGAUGCAGAUGCCGGUGUGGCUGUGGAUGAGGACGUAGGCAUGGACGUAGCCAUGGACGUAGGCAUGGACGUAGGCAUGGACGUAGCCAUGGAUGCAGGCAUAUAUAAAGGCUGUAAAGGCUGAUGAAGUUGCGGACACAAAUGUGGGGACCUGCAGUUGCAGGGGCAGACAAUGGACAUAUGGACGCAGAUUCAGCAACUACCAAUGUAGAUGCAGCAGAUGCGAACAUAAGGGAAGAGGAGAACUGUGGAAAGUCGAUGUCGGCGCAGACAUGCGGAUAUGGGCGCGGAUGUGGACGAGGAUGAAGAUGCAGUUGUUGAUAUUGAUGCAUGCGAUUAUGUCUACAGGCAUUUGCUCUGUAAGCAAAGCUGCAAAUCUAAUGACAUGCUUCAAUAUAGUUGCGGGCAUUCUUCUUGGCUGCACGUGUAUGGCACAAUAACUCCACCCAGCCCGUGUAGCUGAAUGGUACACAAUGUACACACAUGAUACCGCUGGCAAACAGAUUAUGCGCUCGAGUCCUGCUGCAAACAGAUGGAUAGCAUUUGAUACAAUAAGGUUCGCCCGUAAACCACCAAUACAUGGGCCCAGGCAACUGGAGAACCUGUUUUGAGCCUCUCCGAAAAUUUAGGAGGCCGAGCGCUGUAGAUAAAAUGAAUUGGCGGCGGGCGGCCUCCGAAAGGGGCCCGCGGCCGAUAGCUGGCAUGUACUGGUGCUUUAAGGGUAAAGAAGAAGAAAUACUUGGAUUGAUACGACAGGGGUGUCGGCCGCGGCGGAAGAAGCAUUUGGAUGACACAGAAGCAUUUUGAUGAUACAACAAGGUAACUGCACAUGUGGAUGCAGAUUUAGCUGCAGACAUAUUGAUUCUGCUCUCUGAUGUGGAUGACCUUGCAGGAAUUCAGAUGUGGAUAAGCAUGCGGGGAACGGUUGUGGAUGGGAGUUGCAGCGUUGGUGCGGAUGCAUACAGGCAUGGGCAUGGUGGAAGAGGAUGGAUCCAGCUAUGGAUCCACAGCUAUAGAUCCACAGCGAUGGACCCAGCUAUGGAUCCACAGCUAUUGAUCCACCGCUAUGGAUCCAGCUAUGGAUCCACAGCUGUGGAUCCACAGAUAUGGAUCCACAGCUAUGGAUCCACAUGCUAUGGAUCCAUAUCUAUGGAUCCAUACCUAUGGAUCUACAUAGCUAUGGAUCCAUAUCUAUGGAUCCAUAGCUACGGAUACACCUUUGGAUCCACAGCUAUGGAUCUACAGGUACCGAUUCCAUCUGGGUGACAGUUCCACCUCAAGAACUCUCGCUUCCAUCUGUGGGACAGGUCCUUUCGUCCGUUGUGGGCCUUGCAGGUGACAAAGUGACAAUUCCAACUGGGUGACACUUCCACCUCAAGAACCGUUGCUUCUGUCUGUGGGACAACUCCUUUUGUCAGUUCUGGCCCUUACGGGUGCCAAUUCCAUCUGGGUUACAGUUCCAUCUGGGUGACAGUUCCAACUGGGUGGCAGUUCCAACUGGGUGACACUUCCAACUGGGACACAGUUCCACCUCAAGAACUGUUGCUUCUAUCUGUGGGACAGCUCCUUUUGUCAGUUGUGGCCCUUACGGUUGCCGAUUCCAUCUGGGUGACAGUUCCACCUCGAGAACUCGUGCUUCUGUAUGUGGGACAGCUCCUUUCGUCAGUUAUGGGCCUUGCAGGUGACAAUCCCAACUGGGUGACAAUUCCAACUGGGUGACACUUCCAACUGGGUGACAGUUCCAACUGGGGGGGAAUUGGCGCUUCCGUCUGUGGGACAGUUCCUUUAGGCAGUCGUGACCCUUGGGGGCAGGAUGGAGUUCAGAAUCCUAGGACGUGGGGACCACUUCUAGCCUUGGCAGAGGAUAGCUCUGCCGGAGUGGGUGGAGCUCCUUCAUCUUUUGCGCAGUUAAGGGGCCAGUUUUUUGGCGGCUUGUCACCCACCGUGCAUGGACUACAUGCAGAAUCAACUGGGGUCGUCGUCACGUGGCCUAUAGAAAGAGUCAUUCUGACCCCUACUCCUGCAUGGCUCAUGUGGUUAUGAGGGGUCUGGACUGCAUUACUGAUGACGAGAACUGCUUGUCGAUCGGUUCUGAUCGCUUGUCGAUCGGGUCUGAUCGCUUGUUGAUCGGGUCUGAUCGCUCGUUACCAUGAGUAAUUUUGAAGUCAUUUUCUUUGACAAAUCUGCGCUUAUAAUAAUAGCGAGUGCGCCUUCCACAACUUGGUCAACCCCUUUGGCCAAAUACGUGUUCGGACGUAAAGGUGUGAACAUUACACGGCAGCUUUCACCGAUUGGUGGAAAAGGAGCAACGAGAACCAUCACUGCAGCAGAGUGGAAACAGGCAGGGAGCACACAGCAAAUACACUGCAUGCAUUUGGACACCUGACUGGACCAAGUGCAUUCAAAGGAGUCACCAACAUUUUGAAUGUAGCCGGACGAUCAUGAGCUAGAGAUAGAUAAGUGCAGUGGUGUGUAGUGGAGCGAGGUACUUUGUCAGAACGGACAACGGUGGGGGGGUAGGGCUCACUGCACUACCGUCUUCCCCCGAACAUAACGCACCCUAAAAAUGAAUGUAUACGAGCUAU